AUGUCGGAAUCCAAAAACGGGAAAGAGGGCUUCCAUGAGGCCCCAGAGGAAGGCCCAGUUCAGCCAGUUAACAGACUGAGCCCGGGACCCGAGUGGGGCCUCUCCCUGGAGCCCAGAGCGGGUGGUCCGGACCCCCCCGGCUCAGACACCCCCCGUCGGAGGCUCCAGCACAGCAAGCACAAGAGCCCGGGAGCAGGGGGGACCCAGCGCUCGCCAAGGGCCCUCUUCUGCCUGAGCCUCAACAAUCCCCUGAGGCGCUCCUGCAUCAGCAUUGUAGAGUGGAAACCCUUUGACAUUCUCAUCCUCGUGACAAUCUUUGCCAACUGUGUGGCCCUGGGCGUCUACAUCCCCUUCCCUGAGGAUGACUCCAACGUGGUCAAUCACAAUCUGGAGCAAGUGGAAUACGUGUUCCUCAUCAUCUUCACGGUGGAGACUUGCCUGAAGAUCGUAGCCUAUGGGCUAGUGCUGCAUCCCAGCGCCUACAUCCGUAACGGGUGGAACCUACUGGACUUCGUCAUCGUCGUGGUCGGGCUGUUCAGCGUGCUCCUGGAGCAGGCCCCCAGCAAGUCAGGGGACGCCCACCACCCUAGUGGGAAACCCGGGGGCUUCGACGUCAAGGCGCUGAGGGCGUUCCGGGUCCUGCGUCCGUUGCGCCUCGUCUCCGGAGUGCCCAGCCUGCACAUCGUGCUGAACUCCAUCAUGAAGGCCAUGGUGCCUCUGCUGCACAUCGCACUCCUCGUGCUCUUUGUCAUCAUCAUCUACGCCAUCAUCGGCCUCGAGCUCUUCCUCGGCCGCAUGCACAAGACCUGCUUCUACGUCGGCUCCGAGCUAGAGGCAGAGGAGGACCCCUCCCCGUGUGCCUUCUCCGGACACGGCCGCCAGUGCACAACCAACAACACCGAGUGCCGGGGGCGCUGGGCCGGACCCAACGAGGGCAUCACCAACUUCGACAACUUCUUCUUCGCUAUGCUCACUGUGUUUCAGUGCAUCACCAUGGAGGGCUGGACGGAUGUGCUCUACUGGAUGCAGGAUGCGAUGGGCCAUGAACUGCCCUGGAUUUACUUCGUCAGCCUUGUCAUCUUUGGCUCCUUCUUCGUCCUCAACCUGGUGCUGGGAGUGCUGAGCGGGGAGUUCUCCAAGGAGCGAGAGAAGGCCAAAGCCCGGGGAGACUUCCAGAAGCUGCGGGAGAAACAGCAGAUGGAGGAGGACCUGCGGGGCUACCUGGACUGGAUUACUCAGGCCGAGGACCUGGAGCCUGAGGAUGACCGGCGGGAGGAGGAGGUGGCCAAGGAGAGACAUCACCACCGUGUGACUCUGGCCGACCUGACGGACAAGAAGCGGAGCCGCUUACACUGGUUCAGUCAUUCCACUCAUUCCACCAGCAGCCGUGCGAGCCUCCCGGCCAGUGAGACAGCAUCAGUGACCACAGAGAACACCGGGGAGGAGGCCACAGGCUGCUGUGCCACCUGCAUCGUGAAGAUCGCAAAGACUAAAGUCUGCCGCUGGCUCCGCCGAUCCAACCGUCUCCUGCGCAGAAAGUGCCGGCUGGCUGUCAAAUCCGCUUCCUUCUACUGGAUGGUGCUGCUCCUGGUUUUCCUCAACACGCUGACCAUUGCCUCAGAGCACCACAACCAGCCCCCUUGGCUCACCCAGAUCCAAGCCUAUGCCAACAAGGUGCUGCUGUCGCUGUUCACCCUGGAAAUGCUGCUGAAGCUGUACAGCCUGGGCCCCCAGGCCUAUGGCAUCUCCUUUUUCAACCGUUUCGACUGUUUCGUGGUGUGUGGGGGCAUCUUAGAGACCGUAAUGGUAGAACUGGAUGUAAUGCAGCCUCUGGGCAUCUCCGUGUUGCGCUGUGUCCGCCUGCUCCGCAUCUUCAAGGUCACUAGGCACUGGGCAUCCCUCAGUAACCUGGUGGCAUCGCUGCUGAACUCAAUGAAGUCCAUCGCCUCUCUGCUGCUGCUUCUUUUCCUCUUCAUCAUCAUCUUCUCCCUGCUCGGCAUGCAGCUCUUCGGGGGCAAGUUCAACUUUGACGAGACCCAGACUAAGCGCAGCACCUUUGACACCUUCCCCCAAGCCCUGCUCACAGUUUUCCAGAUUUUGACCGGAGAGGACUGGAAUUCUGUGAUGUAUGAUGGGAUCAUGGCUUACGGGGGACCCUUCUUCCCUGGCAUGCUGGUCUGUGUUUACUUCAUCAUCCUCUUCAUCUGUGGAAACUACAUCCUGCUGAACGUCUUCUUGGCCAUCGCUGUGGACAACCUGGCAGCUGGAGACAACAUCAACACCUCCAAGGAGGAGGAGGAGGAGGAGAAGGAGGAGACGAUGCUGCUUCCCCAGGUGGCACCUGUUCAGAUGCCAGGGGUAAUCACCCGGUCUCCGGAGACUCACCAUAAUCCUCCUGGGUGUGGAUCUGGGGACCCUGAGCCCCGCUACGCUUCCCUCCUACUUGCAGGAGAAGAGGAGGACAGUGAGACGGAGAGCUUGGCCGAGUCUCAGCUGGAAAAACUUCAAGAGGUGGUGCCCAAAGAGAAGGUGGUACCCAUUCCCGAGGGCAGCUCCUUCUUCUGCCUCAGCCAGACCAACCCAUUACGGGUCGGCUGCCACGCGCUGAUCCACCACCAUGUCUUCACCAACCUCAUCCUCGUCUUCAUCAUCCUCAGCAGCGUCUCUCUGGCCGCCGAGGACCCCAUCCGGGCUCACUCCUUCCGGAACCACAUCUUGGGCUACUUUGACUACGGUUUCACCACCAUCUUCACUGUGGAGAUCCUGCUUAAGAUGACGGCCUUCGGUGCUUUCCUCCACAAAGGCUCCUUCUGUCGCAACUGGUUCAACCUGCUGGACUUGCUGGUCGUCAGUGUCUCCCUCAUCUCCUUCGGCAUCCACUCCAGUGCCAUUUCGGUGGUGAAGAUCCUGCGGGUGUUGCGAGUCCUGAGGCCCCUGAGAGCCAUCAAUCGGGCCAAGGGUCUCAAGCACGUGGUGCAAUGCGUGUUCGUGGCCAUCCGGACCAUCGGGAACAUUAUGAUCGUCACCACGCUGCUGCAGUUCAUGUUCGCCUGCAUCGGGGUGCAGCUCUUCAAGGGGAAGUUUUAUAGUUGCACCGACGAGGCCAAGCACAAUCCUGGGGAGUGCAAAGGCACGUUCAUCGUGUACCAGGAUGGAGACGUGACCCACCCCAUGGUGAGGGAGCGAGUAUGGCACAACAGCGACUUCAACUUUGACAACGUGCUGGCGGGCAUGAUGGCGCUCUUCACUGUCUCCACCUUUGAGGGCUGGCCCGCUCUGCUGUAUAAGGCCAUUGAUGCCCACGCAGAGGACCAGGGUCCCAUCUACAACUACCGUGUGGAGAUCUCCGUCUUUUUCAUCGUCUACAUCAUCAUCAUCGCCUUCUUCAUGAUGAACAUCUUCGUCGGCUUCGUCAUCAUCACCUUCCGGGCCCAGGGAGAGCAGGAGUACAGGAACUGCGAGCUGGAUAAGAACCAGCGCCAGUGUGUGGAAUAUGCUCUCAAGGCUCAACCACUUCACCGCUACAUCCCCAAGAACCCAACCCAGCACCGCGUCUGGGCCGCCGUCAACUCGACUGCCUUUGAAUACAUUAUGUUUGUGCUGAUCCUUCUCAACACUGUUGCCCUUUCCAUGCAGCACUAUGAGCAGACUGCCCCUUUCAACUAUGCCAUGGAUAUCCUGAAUAUGGUCUUCACCGGGCUCUUCACCGUGGAGAUGUUACUCAAGAUCAUCGCCUUCAAGCCCAAGCACUACUUCUGUGAUGCCUGGAACACGUUUGAUGCACUGAUUGUCGUGGGCAGCCUGGUGGACAUUGCUGUAACCGAAGUCAAUAAUGGAGGACACUUGGGGGAGAGCUCGGAGGACAGCUCUCGCAUCUCCAUCACUUUCUUCCGCCUCUUCCGUGUCAUGCGCUUGGUGAAACUGCUCAGCAAGGGUGAAGGCAUACGCACGUUGCUCUGGACAUUUAUCAAGUCCUUCCAGGCUCUGCCGUAUGUGGCGCUCCUCAUAGCUAUGAUAUUCUUCAUUUACGCUGUCAUCGGCAUGCAGACCUUUGGGAAGGUGGCGAUGCAGGACGGGACCCAGAUCAAUCGCAACAACAACUUCCAGACCUUCCCCCAAGCCGUACUCCUGCUCUUCAGGUGUGCCACUGGGGAGGCGUGGCAAGAGAUUAUGCUGGCCAGCCUGCCGGGUAAACGCUGUGACCCUGAAUCCGACUUUGGUCCUGGAGAGGAGUUCACCUGCGGCAGCAACUUCGCAAUCGUCUAUUUCAUCAGUUUCUUCAUGCUCUGUGCCUUUCUGAUUAUCAACCUCUUUGUGGCUGUCAUUAUGGACAACUUCGAUUACCUGACUCGCGACUGGUCCAUCCUCGGGCCCCAUCACCUGGACGAAUUCAAAAGGAUCUGGUCCGAAUAUGACCCGGCUGCCAAAGGCCGCAUCAAACACUUGGAUGUGGUGACUCUGUUGCGUCGGAUCCAGCCUCCUCUGGGGUUUGGCAAGCUCUGUCCUCAUCGGGUAGCCUGCAAGAGGCUCGUGGCCAUGAACAUGCCCCUCAACGCAGAUGGGACAGUCACAUUCAACGCCACGCUCUUCGCCCUGGUGAGGACCUCGCUGCGGAUCAAGACCGAGGGGAAUCUGGAUCUGGCCAAUCAGGAGCUGCGCAUCGUCAUCAAAAAGAUCUGGAAACGCACCAAACCAAGGCUCCUGGAUGAGGUCAUACCCACAACCGAAGAGGAGGAGGUCACCGUGGGGAAAUUCUACGCCACCUUCCUGAUCCAGGACUAUUUCCGCAAGUUCAGGCGGCGGAAGGAAAGAGGUCUUCUGGGCUCCAAGGCCUCGCCCAGCAGUUCCUCCGCCCUGCAGGCUGGACUGAAGAGCCUGCAGGACCUGGGCCCUGAGAUGCGGCAGACCCUGUCCUGUGAUCUAAAGGGAGGGGAGGCUGAGGGUCAGAAGCCUGAAACCUACCUGACUCCAGACAGCCCCCAGACACCUUCCCGCUGGACCUCAGUGACCUCUCUGUCCCUAAACACUGGGGACAAUGAGCCCUCAACAGUUGGCCUCCCAGGCUCCCUGAGUUCCCCGGGCACCAGUCAGCCUCACAGCCCUCAGGGCCCCAGUGAGGAGGAGGUGAAGGAAGGCGGCCCCGGCCCCAGCCAGCUCAUGGAGUCACAGCUUGGGCCUCAAUCCCUCAGGAGUUCGGAGGUCGUCUGCUUCCCCCCGACCCUCCCGGAGGAACCAGCCACUCCAGAGGGCCCGGAGAUGGAGACCAGGGUGGAACAGAGUGGUGGCAGCCGUGAGGACGUAGCACGGACUCCCAAGGCCCAAGACAGGCCCAGCCCCGAGGAAACUAGAAUCCAGGCGGACUGGAUUCUUAACCCCACCCAGCCCGGUUUCCCAACUCUGCCACCCAAGAGUGACUCACAAAUACCCUUCCGCCGCAUCUCCCAGAGCCGGGCCGCCGGGAGGUUGGACGGUCACCGGCCCCAACGCCGUCGCCUGCUGCCCCCAACUCCUGCGGGCCGGAAGCCAAGCUUCACCAUCCAGUGCCUGCCGCGGCAGGGCAGCUGUGAGGACAUGCCCAUCCCAGGCACCUACCAUCAGAACCUGCCUCUGGGGCGCAGCCGGACACAGUCGUGGGCCAACCCUGUGCCACGUAGCCGUCUGCUCUACGCCCCCCUGAUCCUGGUGGAAGAGGCCAGAGGAAGUGGCUGGGAAAGGGGCGCAGGGGGCAGCCUCCCUCUCCGGAGCCGGGACAGCUGGUACCAGGAGGAACCCGAGGGACCCUAUCGCGCCUACACCCAGCUCCGUGUGCCCACCCAGAGACCGUCCGGCUCCCGUGGCAAGAGGGGCAGCGCCGAUAGCCUGGUGGAGGCUGUGCUGAUCUCGGAGGGGCUGGGUCUCUAUGCCAGAGAUCCCAAGUUUGUGGCCUUUGCCAAGCGGGAGAUAGCGGACGCCUGGCACCUGACCAUGGAUGAAAUGGAGAGCGCAGCCAGUGACCUGCUCGGGCUCUCUGCUCGCGGGCCCCUCUACAGUGACCAGGAGUCCUGCUGCUCCCGCGAGGAGGAGGAAGAGGAGGAGGACCUGGGGGAUGAGAUGGCCUGCGUCACCACCCCUUGAGCCCAGGCUUGG